AUGCAGGACACUCAACCAGUUGAGGCUGUCCCUUAUUCCGCAUCCAGUACUGAAACUGUGACUAAUCUUCCUGAUAACGAUGUUCCUGAAAAGCCUGCGCAACUGGCAUUCGAUAACCAGGGUGAUGGUACGGAUAUGACGCAUGCUCAACGAGAAGCAUUGUGCAGGAGGUAUAAAGUCCACCCAGUCGGCACAGAGUCCACACCCAUUGUUGAUUUAGUUACUCCCUAUAGUCAGUCAACGACUUUGCCAACAGCCACUACAGCAGAAAAGGUGAUCGACAACGUCCAGGACAAAAAGGAGACGGAGGACAGGGACGACAGGAUAAAGACCGAACCAGAGCAAAAGGAGGAGGACAACGACGAGGAGCACGACGAGGAGGAGGACCAGGAGAAGGAGGAGGAGGACCUACCACAAUACCACCACCAGGUGAAAACCGAGACGAAGCUAUCCGGGCCAGGUCAUACUUUCGUUUUUCACGUUGCAAAAAUCGACAUUGCCAACUUCAACAACUGA